AUGGGACCAAUGACUGUUCGUAUUCUAGUUACUGGCACACCAGCCGUUGGUAAAACAACCUUAUCUGGGUAUUUGGCUCAAAAGUUAGAUUUCAAAAUAAUUAAUCUUAGCGAUCUUAUCGAAAAGAAGCAUCUCUAUAAAAAAAGAUGUUCAACUUAUGAUACGUUAGAGUAUUCGCCACAAAAAGUCAAAAAUUACCUAAAAAGGAAAAUCAAAGACAAAAAUAAUUAUAUCAUCGAUACACAUGAUCCGGAAACAGUAAGUUUUGUUGAUUUUAAUCUUAUAAUAGUGCUGAGUGCUGAUUUAAGUGUCUUAGGGAAUCGGUACGAGGCAAGGGGGUACAACGCGUUAAAGACCGAGGAAAACUUGGAAGUGGAGAUAAUGGAGGUUGUAUACAAUGAGGUUCUGGACCAUAUUUGCUCCUCGCCGGAAGAAGAGAAGAAGAUAGUUCGAGUUUGUACCACUGAUGGGAAGGAGCCCCGAAGUAUUCAGGAUAUCUGUGACGAGAUCUUUCAGACUCCCCAAUGGAAAGCAACCAUAAGCGAAGAUUGA